AUGUACGUUAUUAAAAGAGACGGUCGUAAAGAACCAGUUCAAUUCGAUAAAAUCACUGCUCGUAUCUCAAGAUUAUGCUAUGGUUUAGACCCUGCUCGUAUCGAUGCUGUUAAGGUCACUCAGCGUAUUAUCAAUGGGGUUUACUCAGGUGUUACCACUGUAGAAUUAGACAACUUGGCUGCUGAAACAUGUGCUUACAUGACUACGGUUCAUCCAGAUUAUGCUACUUUAGCUGCCAGAUUAGCGAUCUCUAAUUUGCACAAACAAACUACCAAACAAUUUUCUCAAGUGAUCUAUGAUUUGCAUCAUUAUGUUAACCCAGCCAAUGGUAUUCAUUCGCCAAUGAUUUCGAAGAAAGUUUAUGACAUUGUUAUGAAAAAUAAAGACCUUUUAAAUUCAACUAUUGUCUACGAUAGAGAUUUCUCUUUUAACUAUUUUGGUUUCAAGACAUUAGAACGUUCUUAUCUUUUAAAACUCGAUGGUAAAGUUGCUGAACGUCCUCAACAUUUAAUCAUGAGAGUUGCUCUAGGUAUACAUUUGGAAGAUUUAGAUUCUGUCAUUGAGACAUAUAAUCUAAUGUCCUUGAGAUAUUUCAUUCAUGCUUCUCCAACCUUAUUCAAUGCCGGUACUCCAAAGCCUCAAAUGUCUUCCUGUUUCUUAAUCGCUAUGAAGGAUGACUCUAUCGAUGGUAUUUUUGAAACUCUAAAGGAAUGUGCCAUGAUUUCCAAGACUGCUGGUGGUAUUGGGCUACAUAUUCAUAACAUUCGUUCUACUGGUUCAUAUAUCGCUGGUACCAAUGGUACUUCCAAUGGGUUGAUCCCAAUGGUUCGUGUUUUUAAUAAUACUGCGCGUUAUGUGGAUCAAGGUGGUAAUAAGAGACCUGGUGCCUUUGCUUUGUACCUAGAACCAUGGCACGCAGAUAUCUUUGAUUUCAUUGAAAUUAGAAAGAAUCAUGGUAAAGAAGAAAUUCGUGCAAGAGAUCUAUUCCCCGCUUUAUGGGUUCCUGAUUUGUUCAUGAAGCGUGUUGAAGAGAAUGGCCAAUGGACCUUGUUUUCUCCAAGUAUUGCUCCUGGGUUAGACGAUGUUUAUGGUGAUGAAUUUGAAGAACUAUACACACGUUAUGAAAAGGAAGGUCGUGGUAAGACAAUUAAGGCCCAAAAAUUAUGGUAUGCUAUUUUGGAAGCUCAAACUGAAACUGGUACUCCAUUUGUUAUAUAUAAGGAUGCAUGUAACAGAAAGACAAACCAAAGUAACUUGGGUGUUAUUAAAUCUUCAAACUUAUGUUGUGAAAUCGUUGAAUACUCUUCUCCUGACGAAACCGCUGUUUGUAAUUUAGCAUCUGUUGCUCUUCCUGCCUUCAUUGAAACUUCUGAAGAUGGUAAGACGUCCACUUAUAAUUUUGAAAAAUUACAUGAAAUUACAAAGGUUGUCACUCGUAAUUUGAAUAGAGUCAUUGAUAAUAAUUACUAUCCUGUUCCUGAGGCUGAAAGAUCCAAUGUUAGACACAGACCAAUUGCUCUUGGUGUCCAAGGUUUAGCUGAUACAUACAUGAUGUUACGUUUGCCGUUCGAAUCUGAAGAGGCUACUAUUUUAAAUAAGCAAAUCUUUGAAACAAUGUACCACGCUUCCCUGGAAUCUUCUUGUGAAUUAGCUCAAAAGGAAGGUCCAUAUGAAACUUGGGAAGGUUGCCCUGCAUCAAAGGGUAUAUUACAGAUGGAUAUGUGGAAUGCUGAACCAUUCGGUAUGUGGGAUUGGGAUACUCUAAGAAAGGAUGUCGUCAAGUAUGGGCUAAGAAAUUCUUUGACUAUGGCUCCAAUGCCAACGGCCUCCACUUCCCAAAUUCUUGGUUACAAUGAAUGUUUUGAACCUGUUACAUCGAACAUGUACUCUCGUCGUGUUCUAUCUGGUGAAUUCCAAGUUGUUAAUCCUUAUUUAUUGCGUGAUUUAGUUGACUUAGGUAUCUGGGAUGACGGUAUGAAACAACAUAUUAUUACACAAAAUGGUUCAAUUCAAAACUUGCCAAAUGUUCCAGAUGAAUUGAAAUCUUUAUACAAGACUAUUUGGGAAAUAUCUCAAAAGAAAAUUAUCGACAUGGCUGCUGAUCGUUCCAUUUACAUUGACCAAUCUCAUUCUUUGAAUUUAUUCUUGCGUGCUCCAACAAUGGGUAAGUUAACCAGUAUGCAUUUCUACGGUUGGAAGAAGGGGUUGAAGACUGGUAUGUAUUAUUUGAGAACUCAAGCUGCUUCUGCUGCUAUUCAAUUUACUAUUGACCAGAAGGUUGCUGACCAAGCUGCUCAAAAUAUUGCUGAUGUAGCCAAUCUACAUCGUCCAACAUAUGUACCAACGGGUACCAAAUUCUCCGAAGGUUUAAAAAUAGAAAGAGAAACUUCUCCAGUUCCAUCUGAAGAAUCAACAAUAUCUAGCGAGAUCAGCUCUUUGUCAGUAUCAGAAAGUCAACCUAUUGUUACAGUUUCCGAACCAUCGAUUGAAAAAGCUACUCCAUCAACAGUAGGUGUUAAUAUUCAUAGUGAAGUACCAAUUGAAAAAGAAAUUGUUGGUUGUACUAAGGACAAAUACCUAUAA